UCUUGGCACGGCGGACCCACCUGCAGAAGCAUUUCAAACCGGUAGAAGGCAGGAGCUGCUGCGCGCCGUCGGAGGAUUCAUGAUGAGUGAAAUCAUAAUGGAGAAUGCAUUUUCACCUGCAAAGGAGAUCUUGCACAAUUUGAACGUGGCAAAAACGCCAUCCGCUUGGGGAACUACUGGGACCAUCAGGCCUUAUCAGAAUUUUCACCCUGAUCAUGAUGCAGCAGAAUUGUACAAUAGCAUCAAGACCAAGGAUAAGAAUCCAAUUAUCAGGAUCCUCACCAAUCGAACAAGUGAGCAGAGGCAACAGAUCCUAAUGGUUUACAACUCUGCUAGUGUGGAGCUGGACUUGCUUACAUCCUUACGCAGUCUGCUGACUGGAAAUUUGGGGGACCUAAUUCUAGCGCUCAUGAUGACUCCUGCACAGUUGGAUGCUCAGGAGCUUCGGAGUGCCAUGAAGGGGAUUGGCACAGAUGAAGACACACUGAUUGAGAUCCUGUGCUCACAAAACAGCAGUGAACUACAAGAGAUUACAACUGCAUACAAGAAAGAAUUUAACAGAACUCUGGAGCAAGAUAUCACUGAUGACACAAGCAAGGAUUUUCAGAAGCUGCUUCUGGCAUUGGUGCAGGGUAACAGAGCAGUUCAUUCUGGAGUGAUUGAUUACAACCUGAUAGAUGAAGAUGUCAAGGCACUGCGAAAAAUUGACACCAACACAAAGAAGCCAGACACCGAUGUGUGGAUUCAUAUUUUUACAGCACGGAGUACAGAUCAUCUCGAAAGAGUUUUCCAGCAGUAUAAAGAAUGCAGCAACCAGGAUAUCGAAGCCACCAUUAAAAAGCUUUACACUGGGGACCUCCGCAAGUGCCUCACUGCUCUUGUUUGUGCCAUUCAGAAUACACCUCUUUACCUUGCAGAGAUUGUACACAAUUCUUUAAAGGGAUUAGGAAAAAAAGACAAGUCCCUUAUCCGCAUUAUGGUAUCCCACAGCGAAAGAGACUUGCUGAGUAUCCGUGCGGAGUUUCGCAAGAAGUAUGGAAAAUCCCUCUACUCAAGCAUUGAGGAGGCAACUGACGGGCCUUACCAAACAGCUUUACUAUCCAUCUGCAGCGCUGAAGACGUUUAACCUGCGCUUACAGCUCUGGAUUCUGAGGAUGACCGCAGUCUCCACCUAACGGUAUUCAAAAACUGAAGAGGACUUAGUCAUUUACUCACAUUCACAGCAUCGGAGUUCUUUACUUUGUACCAGUUCAUCCUUAAUGUGAAUAAAAAUUCUGCUUAAAAGGCA